AUACAUUUUUAAAAUAUGUGCCUUUCCUAGAAAUUUCCUUUCUGAGUUCGUUAUUCGUGUUAUUUAUGCUAAUUGCAUUAAUUCAAUUAUUUAUUAUAAAGUCGAAAUGUUCGUUAAAUGCUUUGCCCUCUCGAAAAAUGGAGCCUCAAUUAAAUAGCCGAAUCAGUGGGAUACUUCAGAAAAAUGCACUCUAAUAAUGCUAACGACGGCUCUCCAAUGUCCAGCUCUGAUGUUGAAAAUUUUAAUGGCAAAAUAGUUUACAAUCUUGACGGCAGUGCGUUAAUUAUCGAUGCAGGCAAUGCGACUGUCCCCAGCAUAGAUCUGAGCUCAAGCGGUGCCAUAGUCACGCCAUUGGACCCUGGACAUACGACAGCUACGUCUGCACAACAACAACAACAAUCCAUAGUUCGUGGCAGAGUAACAGAAAAGUCAGAGGAUAGAGCACAUACUGAAGGAGGGGGCGACGGUUCGGUUUCGGGCUCGGGUUCGAUUUUGGGUGGUUGCCAGCAGCUGAGCCCAAAGAUCCAUUCGUUUCGUGUAGUGUCUGCCCAAGAUGCAAACAGUCAUUGCCAAGACCCAAGGAAUGCCAUACAGAGCCACAAGCACAAACCGAUAUUGAUGUGCUUUAUAUGCAAACUGUCCUUCGGCACCGUUAACUCAUUUAGCUUGCAUGCGAACUCGGAACAUCGGCUCAAUCUGCAGGAGCUGGAGCAACAGCUAUUGAAUCGCGAAUAUUCCAGUGCUAUCAUUCAGCGUAAUAUGGAUGAGAAGCCGCAGAUAUCCUUUCUCCAGCCACUGGAUGUCAAUGCCGUCGAGCCAGUGGAUCUAGCUGGCAUCGAUGCCAACCAAACCAUUGCCGCCCUCAAUCAACUAUCCGCCGUGGACAGCAGCAAAGAAGAUCGCCUGAACGAUGGACAUGGCGAUGGACCUAGCGAUGGAGCUGUAGCCGAGACAGAAACAGAGACCGAGGCCGAUGCGGAGAUGAGGACAACAUCAUCUCCGAAAGUAGCUCCAAAAUCAACUGUGAAAUUUGGUUCCUUAAAUUCAGCAACAAUAAAGACUAAUAACCCAACAAAAACAUCCGCAUCGUCGUCGAUCGCAUCGUCAUCAUCAAUAUCUUGCAUCUCACCCGCAUCAGCGUCCACGCCAAUACAAUCGCCGGCUCCGAAAGAUUCAGCAGCAGGAGCCGCAGAAGCUGGAAGUCGGGAGGAGGAGCCCUUGCCACCGGCAGAUAGUAUAAAGGCUAGUACUGAUAAUCUAGAUAGCGAUAAGUCAAAUAAGCGUAGCCAAAGGCCAGAUAUGACGGGCCACGUUACCACAAGUCCAACUGUGUCAAUAUCAGCGGCGACUGCUUCCGGCUCGGACUCUCCCCCACCACUAGCAGCACCGCAGCAGCAUCCGCAUCCAAUGGACACGGAUGCCACAUUAACAGCAGCCGAUAUAUUGCAACAGCACCUCCUGUCGCUCCAACAGCAACAAGUGUCUGGCACUGCCGGCCUCUUCCCACCGAUGCAGUCCCAACUCAGUUCCUUUCACGCAUCCCUCGCUGCCCUGGCAAACGAACAGAACGCGAGGGGUGUCAAACUAAUCACCGAGUUUCUUCAGCAGCAGCUACACCAGCAGCAGCAGCAAAAACAGCUUUUGUUUCCAGCCAGCUGCUUGGAGCAUCCGGAUUUUAAGGGUGUCGACUGCAAAACCUGUGAAUUGAUUGAUAUUCAACACCGAACCAGGUCGCCGGCUACUCCACAAUCCCAAUCACAGUCCCAAUCACAGUCCCAAUCCCAAUCCCAGUCCCAGUCCCAGUCCCAACCUCCACGCUCUCCAAAUGGUAGCAGCAGCGGCGGGCUCUCAGCGUCUAUGCCCAUCUCGCCCAGCGCCUCGUCCGUUGGCAACGUUGGCAAUGCGACUGCCUCAAGCUUCACAAUUGGCGCCUGCUCCGACCACAUCAAUGGCCGACCUCAAGGCGUGGAUUGUACUCGUUGCGAAAUGCUGUUGAGCUCGGCGCGUCUCAACAGCGGAGUCCAGAUGUCCACACGGAACUCCUGCAAGACCCUCAAAUGUCCGCAGUGCAACUGGCAUUACAAAUAUCAGGAGACAUUAGAGAUCCACAUGCGUGAAAAACAUCCAGAUGGAGAGAGUGCCUGUGGAUACUGCUUGGCAGGCCAACAGCAUCCACGACUGGCACGUGGAGAAUCAUACUCAUGCGGGUACAAGCCGUACCGCUGCGAGAUUUGCAAUUAUUCGACGACAACAAAAGGCAACCUAUCCAUACAUAUGCAGUCCGACAAGCACUUGAACAACAUGCAGGAGUUGAACAGCUCCCAGAACAUGGUCGCAGUCGCGGCGGCAGCAGCGAGUGCUAAAUUAAUGCUGCCCAGCCCGUCGCCGCAAGGAGCAACUGGCCCAGGUCCAGUCGCAAGCGUCGGGGUGGGAGUAGGAGUGGGCGUGGGCGUGGGAGUUCCACAACAAGCGACCUCGAGCUCCUCGAGCAGCGGCAAUGUCGGUGUCAUCGUCAGCAGCUCAGCCAAUUCGGCAAUGAGUUCGACGGUGUCAUCAGCGUCCAUGAAACCAAAGCCCUCGUUCCGUUGCGAUAUCUGUAGCUACGAGACAUCCGUUGCCCGCAAUCUGCGCAUACACAUGACCAGCGAGAAGCAUACGCACAAUAUGGCCGUGCUCCAGAACAACAUCAAGCACAUACAGGCAUUCAACUUCCUGCAGCAGCAGCAACAAGGAGGACCCGGAUCCGGAGCUGGGGCCAACAGCUUUAUGCCCGUGCCCGAGGUGGCCCUGGCAGAUCUGGCCUACAACCAGGCGCUCAUGAUUCAGCUGCUGCAGCAAAAUGCCCAACAGCAACAGCUCCAGCAGCAUCAGACCAACUCCUCUUCGAAUAGCAAAAUGUCGCCUACGUCGAGCUCCCCGGUGAGCACGCCGGACCAGAUGCAUGCCACGUUUGCCUACUCACCGAAACCAUUGAAGAUGCCGCAGGGUUUAAACCUGGCCAUGGGCAUGGCCAUGGAGUCGAGCACAUCCGGCGGGGGCGAGACGACGCUGGAUGCAUCGUAUCCAGAUAGCCUGCCGGAAUUAUGGCCGACAGCACUGUACAGCUGCCUGAUUUGCGACUGCUUUAGCACAAACGACCUGGACGAGCUGAAUCAGCAUUUGCUGCUGGAUCGGUCGCGGCAAUCCUCGAGCGCCUCGGCGGACAUCAUGGUCAUACACAACAACAACUAUAUAUGCCGGCUGUGCAACUACAAAACGAAUCUAAAGGCCAACUUUCAGCUGCACAGCAAGACCGACAAGCACCUGCAGAAGCUCAAUUUCAUCAAUCACAUCCGCGAGGGCGGCGCCCGGAACGAAUACAAGCUGCAGUAUCAGCCACAGCUGGCCACCAAUGUGGUCCAGCUGAAGUGCAACUGCUGCGACUUUCACACGAACUCCAUACAGAAACUGUCCCUGCACACGCAGCAGAUGCGACACGACACAAUGCGCAUGAUCUUUCAGCAUUUGCUCAUCAUUAUACAGAAGAGCCGUAUGCGUAAAAGCCAAUGCUCCGGCUCUCUCAGCCACUCGGAACGGGAGCGGGAGUCGCCCAUGAUGCAUGACGGUGAUCAGGAGCAGCCAAAGAAGGCGCUCUGCUGUCAUCUGUGCAACUUUGUGGCCAAAAAUCUGCACGACAUGGUGCAGCAUGUGAAGGGACUCAGGCACAUGCAGGUGGAACAGUUCAUUUGCCUGCAACGCCGCAGCGAAAACAUCGAGAUGCUCGGACUCAAUGAGGUAUUCAAGGUGAUCGACCAACUACCGGGCACCACCACUGAAGAUCCUGGCCUUGACUGUGGACUAAACCUGGCAACGACAGCUGCCGUUGGAGCUGGCACUGAAAUCGGAUUCGGUGUGGCUAGUGCAUCAUCAACCGAUGGCAAUAUAUUUUCGCCCGCCUCCGUCUCCAGCUGCUCGACAUCCUGCGGCAAGGCACAGCCACGAGUGCAAUCUCCAUUACCAAUGGCUGGUGACCUACACCCGAGCGCUUCAACCACCGUUUUUAAAUGCAACCUGUGCGAAUAUUUUGUGCAAUCCAAAAAGGACAUGGAAAGCCACAUCGAAAGCCUGCACCCAACUGCGGAGAGCGAUGACUAUAUCAGUAUACCCACAAACACGGCGGCUCUGCAAGCUUUUCAGACAGCCGUCGCAGCCGCUGCCCUGGCUGCUGUCCAUCGCUGCAAUGCUAGUGGAACGCCCACAUCGACAGCUGCUGGAGCGGUGGCGGAGUCGGAGGCACGUGGUGGCGACAGCGAUUGUCCCAUUGAUAUUAAGCGUGAACGGCUAGAGGAAAUCGAUGACCCAAUGACGAACAGUGCCGAUGUUAAGGAUAACAAUAACGCCGACUUUGAGCUUGAGAGCAAUCAUAGCAAGAGCAGGCUGUCGCCAAAAACUGAAACUAUGCCCCAAUCGGGUGUAUCGUGCCCCUUAUGUCUGGAAACCGGAUAUAGUGAGAAAUCUUCCCUGGAAGCACAUCUUAUGAGCGUGCACAGUGUCACGCGAGAUGGCCUCGCCAGGCUUCUGCAGCUGGUCAACCACAAAGCCUGGCGACCCUUAAAAACUCCGGAUGCGGCAACAAGUACCGUUUCGGGCUCUGGUUCGGGUUCGGGUUCGGGCUCGACUGGAUCCUCGGAAAGGGUGCUACAGGAGAACAAGUGUAAUAUUGUCAAUGCCGAAGAUUAUGCAUCUACAUCCACACCCAGCACAUCAACAACAACAACGAGCUGUACUACCGGCGGUAUGCAGGGCAUCUCUUGCCAACAGUGCGACGCAAACUUUAAGCACGAGGAGCAGCUGCUGCAACAUGCCCAACAAACGCAACACUUUCCGGUGCAAAACGGCGAAUACCUUUGCCUGGCCGUCAGUCAUGUUAGUCGUCCCUGCUUUAUGUCCUUUGCCAGCUUGCCGCCGAUGAUUGCUCACUUCAAGGACUCGCACAUGAGCCUUGUGAUCUCCGAGCGACACGUCUAUAAGUACCGCUGCAAACAGUGCUCGCUGGCGUUCAAGACACAGGAAAAACUGACCGCACACAUGCUGUACCACAGUAUGCGGGACGCAACCAAAUGUUCCCUUUGCCAGCGAAACUUUCGCAGCACUCAGGCACUUCAGAAGCAUAUGGAACAGUCGCAUUCGGCCGAAUGUACGGCUGUUAUGGGCAGCAGUCCGCGGGACCUGUCGCCCAGCUUCAGUUCUAGCGAAAUGGAAAAGCCAUCAACUGAGCCAAAUGUUUUUGACUUUACCACAGCGCGUUCUAGUGAAUUGGUUUCCAAAACGAACAAGUCUGUCAAGCAGUCCCCCCAGCGCUCUCGAUCGCCUUUUCAAUCGGAUACACAAUCGAAGGAUCAGCUUUCCGAUCAGCUGUCGCCAAAUGCGCUCGAUGACCCAUCAACUGAACAGCAGCAGCACUUUGCCGCGUUGACCGCAGCAUUGCUUAAACAGCAGCAGCAGCAGCAGCAGGAUGCAGAUAAUCAAAUGGCCAUGUCUCCCGGCGGGAUGCAUCAGCUUCAGGUGAAACCCCUUCAGCACGGUCCAUUCGGCAGCAUCGGGAAUCAGCAUUCAUUUCACGGACUUCAGAGUAUACAGAACUUGCAGCAAAUUCAACAACAGCUGAGCACCGCUGCGGCUGCAUCUGGAAUGCCGAUCAAUCCGGUGGACAUGCUCAAUCUGAUGCAGUUUCAUCAUUUGAUGUCGCUCAAUUUUAUGAAUCUAGCACCUCCAUUAAUCUUUGGAGCCAACACUUCCAGCGGAACAACCGCAGCAGCUGCAGGAGCAGCAACCGGAGGGAUCCAAAACAAUGGCAUUGCCGCUGCCUCCUCGGCUGGCACCUCGGCCUGUCUGUCUGACCGCCAACAGAAAUGCUCCGGCAGUGCAGGACCCUUAGCAAAUGAUGCCGCCAGCAUCAAUAUGUCGAGUGUAACCAACAAUAACCAGCAACAAUUAAGCAGCAAUCAGAAACGCGCACGCACCCGCAUUACAGACGAUCAGUUAAAGAUAUUGCGGGCCCAUUUCGACAUUAAUAACUCACCCAGCGAGGAGAGCAUCAUGGAAAUGUCACAGAAGGCAAAUCUUCCAAUGAAGGUUGUUAAGCACUGGUUCCGAAACACGUUGUUUAAAGAACGGCAGCGGAACAAAGACUCGCCAUACAACUUUAAUAAUCCGCCGUCGACUACCCUCAAUCUGGAGGAGUACGAACGCACUGGCCAAACUAAGGUGACCCCCCUGCCGGAUGCAGGUGUCAGUAACCCGGUCCCUUUACCACCUACAUUACCGCCAACAACAACAGCAGCAGCAGCAGCAACAACGUCGGCGGCCAUCAAUCAGGCAGCUUCGAUUGCGGUGUCAUCAGAAGCGGCCACCGCGACAAAUUUAAGUGCUAACAUAUCGGAUUAUUUCAAGACGCAGGCUGACCUCAUGAAUGCCAAGCCGGAGCCGGAGAAUUUGGGCGUGAUGAGCUUGCCAUUGGAGGUUCAGAUAAAGGCCGAACCCCAGGAUGAUGUUUCAGCUGGUGACUUUACGUUUCACAAAAACCAACGCCAGCUACAACAGCAACAGGAGCAAGUAUUUGAGUUUCUUAAACAACAGCAGGCCGAGACGGCAGAUCCGGUGAAUCCCAACCCGAACGAGGACUUGAUUCAUGACCCCGCCUCGAUGCAGGCAACCGGCUCCUCGAUGCAGAACUAUCAGAGCCAGCCCCAGCACCAACAGCAGCAUCACCAACAGCAAACCAAUUGCUUUGAGACCAAGUCGGAAAGCGGUAGUUCCGAUGUUCUUUCGCGGCCGCCAACCCCAAAUAGUGUGGCAGCCAACAAUCUGUAUAACAGUAUGAACGAUUUACUGAGCCAGCAACUGGAGAACAUUGGUAGCAACAUGGGUCCACCUAAGAAACUACAAAUAGCGGGUAAAUCAUUCGAGAAGCUAUCAAGUACCGGCUCUGCAUUGCCUUCAGCAUCAUCAUUGGCGUGCGCCCAAUUGGAGAGCAACUCUUCGAACUCGUCGAACUCAUCUUCGUCAACUUCCGGAGGAAAGCGCGCGAAUCGGACACGUUUCACCGACUACCAGAUUAAAGUGCUGCAAGAGUUCUUUGAAAACAAUUCGUAUCCAAAGGAUAGCGACCUCGAGUAUUUAAGCAAGCUGCUGCUGCUGUCGCCACGCGUGAUUGUUGUCUGGUUUCAGAAUGCACGGCAAAAGCAGCGCAAAAUCUACGAGAACCAACCUAACAAUUCGCUGUACGAAAGCGAGGAGACCAAGAAGCAGAACAUCAACUACGCCUGCAAGAAGUGCAACCUUGUCUUUCAGCGCUACUAUGAGCUGAUACGCCAUCAGAAGAACCACUGCUUCAAGGAGGAGAACAACAAGAAGUCGGCUAAAGCUCAAAUCGCCGCCGCCCAAAUAGCCCACAAUCUUAGCUCAGAGGAUUCAAAUUCCUCCAUGGACAUCCAUCAUGCCGCUGGCGGGCCAGCCGGACUGGGCUUGGCCACACAAAACGUGGCCGCUGCCGUUGCCGUGGCCGCUGCUGCGGCAGCAGCCCAUUCUGGAUCGCAGCCGUUCGGCUCAUCGCCCUCGCCGCAGCACCUGUUUAGCAAGGCCUCAUCCCUAACCGAUUUCAGUCCAUCGACGACGCCAACACCGCCGCAGCGGGAGCGCAGCAAUAGUCUUGACCAGCAGAGACUGCCGAAAUUUGAGUGCGACAAAUGCGAAAUGCAGUUCAAUCAAUUGGAACUAUUGCGGGAGCAUCAAUUGAUGCACCUAAUGAGCCCAGCACUCUUUCCUGCUGGCCACCAUCAGUCCAAUCAGUCGGAAACUGCUUACGGUCCCUUUGGCACCAUAUUGCAAGGUUUGCAGCAGGCGGCCCAACAACAACAGCAGCAUCAGCAGCAGCAGCAAAAUCAACAAGCGCCUCCGGCAAAGAAAAGGAAAUGCUCCGAAAGCUCAUCCAACGCGGAGGAGGCAUCUAUAGGAGAAUUUGAGACUACACAAAAGAAAUACGAGUUCCUAUACCAAUACUUCAUGCAGCAUGAAACCAAUCCAGAACUGAAGCAGCAAUUCCUAAUACAACAGCAGGGAAACGAGUCGGACCUGGAGCUGGAGUUCCUGAGCAAUUUCUAUCAGCAGAGCGAGCUGAAAAAGGUCAGCAGCUACGAUUUUUUACUGCAAUACUAUCGCAAAAAUGAAGAUUCCUUGAAGCACCAGUCAUCAUUUAGCUCUAGCAAAAAGCCAACCAUUGAGUUUCUGCUGCAAUAUUAUCAGCUAAACGAGUCGAAAAAGUUUUUUCAGUUAGCUGCCUCGCCCCAAACAACACCUGAUGGCACAGAAUCGCAGCCGUCGUCGCAUCAGCCGAACGCGACGGCGGAUGAAGCAAUCAAAUUAAUCGGCAGGCAAGAACGUACACAAGAUCAAAUGGUUAAACUAGAACACGAAUUGGAAUACUAUACCAGCCAGGAAAACAUCAAAGCGGAGAGCUCCAAAAAUGGACUUUGUACAGCGACCGAACCGAACAACCUGACGGAUGAUGUACAUCAAAAACUGAAUAACAAUCACAUCAAUAUGAAUGUUGGUCCAAACGAAGGGCAGCUAUCCUUUGAUUUGCUGCGGGACACAAAGGAAAACAAAAUUGAGCAGAUGGAAAACCUGGAAGUACCCAGUUCGACCGGAUCCAUGGAUGCACUUAAUGGGGACAGGCAAAAUUCACCUUUCCGUGGCAGCGAAAUCAUACGAAAAGCCGGCGAUAUCGAGAAACCACAGUAUUAUCAAAAUCUGGAAGACUUUCUUGACGCGACCAUGAUUGAAAAUAACUCGCAAAUGUUGACAUUUAAUGACGACGAUAACCUAACCCCAAAGGUUGAGAAUGUCGCCCUAUCUGCCGCCGCUGUCAAAGCGAACGAUUGCCUGCCCCUGGACUCUUCGGUGCAGUUGAGCGCUCCUUCCAAGCAAAACAAGCGACUGCGAACCACGAUACUUCCAGAUCAACUGAACUUCUUGUAUGAAUGCUACCAAACCGAGUCCAAUCCCAGCCGCAAAAUGCUCGAGGAGAUAUCCAAGAAAGUAAAUCUCAAAAAGCGAGUCGUACAAGUUUGGUUUCAAAAUUCACGGGCCAAAGAUAAAAAGUCAAGGAAUCAGCGCCAAUACGCACACAUUUCGGACGACAACAACAGCUUCGACGGAUCCAGCGGCAAGGAGGCUGGCAACAGCAACAGCAACAACAGCAAGACUCAAGAGACGGCAGUGGCAAUGGCAGCUGCCACCUCCGGCACGGAGACCGAUCUGCAGCUGCAGGACUGCCAAUUGUGCCAGGUGCCGCAGGUGAAUAUGCAGACGCACGCAUUCAGUGUGGAGCACAUCUGCAAAAUGAAAGAGCUCCUGGAGCAGACCAGCGAACUAUAUGCCCACAGCAAUGCCAGCGGCAGCGAUGACAACGAUUGCGAUCGGGAGCGGCGAUUCUAUAGCCUCUCCAAGGCGUUCCUCCUGCAGCAUAUGGUGUCCAAUGCGGGCGGCAGCAUGCCUGGCACUGAGCCCGGCACCGAGCCUCGCCUGCUGACAACGACGUCUGCGACUGGGACGGCGGCGACUAAUGACUCCGCAAACGAGCAUGUCGCUGGUACUGGUGGUCGUCGCCACCUUGCCGGUGAUAUUGCCGUCUCUGUCAAGGAUAGCGACGAUCUGCCGGAUCCGGGCAGAAAGAGCGCAUCCGGCGGCAGUCGGGAGCUAAUGCAACAGCUAUUCAAUCGCAAUCACAUCACCGGUAAGAAUUGCGAACUUCGUCUAGUAUUUUGAUAUGAUGAAUGUAAACGUGGACCAUCCCGGCGUCCCAACUUAAGACGUAUAUUUGUAUACCCUGUACCUACUUAAAAUGGGUUAAAAUUAUAGGUGGAAGGCAAUUAUUAUACAUGAUAUAAGAAGAUAUCGCCGAAAAAAAUUGGGGCAUAUAUAUAUAUAUAUAUAUCUGUCCGUGCGUAUAUACUCUCAUUGAUGUAUGAAGAUUUUAAGCCAAUAUUAUGGCCUGAGCAAAUGUUUGCUUUAUUCAUUUCUCUCCUGGAUAUAUUGGAUAUUGUUUAUGUACAAAUGUGUUUAGGGAUAAAUCGAAGUUGGGUACAGGGUAUCUGCUAUCGUGCUCUCGUGAUUCUCUUUUAUAAAUGGAUAUCUUUUCCCUCAUCCUAUUUAUGCAUUCUUGGCAAUGAAGUAGUAAACA